AUGUCGUCAAUGUUUGCUCCUUUCACAAGCACUCUCAAAAGACAACGUUCUUGUUCGAAUUUAGUGGGCGCUCACCAACAACCACCGCGAACUAAGAUAGCAGAGUACAGCACUCACACGAGUGAGGCAAUGGACCAGUGGAACCAACAAACUCCAAUAAGCAUUAUUCAGGUCAUAAGCCAGUUACACCGUGACUUGAAGGCGGACUUGGAUCGAAGCCUUGCUUCUUCUAUUCAUAGAAUGAACGCACAACAUCAGCAAUGUCAGCAAGCCACCUCGAACAACAUCAAGGAAACUGUUUGGAAAGCAAUGGACAAAUGGUUUGCUGAUAACCAGAAGAAGCUUCCAUUGCGGCAAGAAGAGCCCCAGACUGACUCACUUCAGCAUUCAAAAACUGAUGUGAGAUUGGAGCUCGAUGACAUUGAGCAUUGCGCUCACGUCGAGCAGUUAACCCGGAAGCUAGAGCUCGCCGAUUCAGAAUUAGCGACUUUGAAACGAAAGGCUAAGGAAACGGAAUCACGAGCGGAUCGACUCCGUAGUAUUAUCGUUUCCAGCGACGGGAAGCCUAUCUUGGACGGCGAGAUACAGAAGUUGUUCUCCGAAGUUCGCAAAGGAGUCCAAAUGAUGGCCUCUCGACUCUACUCGAAAUCCGGCACAUUUCAGAACGCUACAACAGAGAAUAGUAAGGCUUUCUUUGGAGAGUUGAAUGAUCUAACUCCAGAGAGUCAGCGAGAUGCCGUUCAUACUGAAUUGUUCAUUUGCAUCCAAAGUCAUUUCUUCCCUAAUGAUGUGGGAGGAUGCACUAUUGGACAUAUUGAUCCGAGCGUUCACAAGCAGCUCGCAGCAGCAGAGCAGUCUUUGAUUCAAGCUGUUACAGCCAGUCACCCUGACGGAUCUGGCCAAACGGCAUUAUCUGACUGGAGCCGCGCGACAUUUAAGUGUAUCGAUCUUUUGAGAGAUGAAUCUGAUGGUCCAGCCUCAUUUGCGGCAUGGCUUGAAGAAUUCUUCAGGCCAGCUGAGACAGAUGACUUACAGGAGCAAGAAAGGGGGAGAAAAAGACUUAGGAGGCUCUGCGACAAAGCCCGUGAACUUGGAAAUCUCAUGCGACGAGCUAAAGACACCGUUCAAGUUUUCACGGUCGAAGAAGGUCUCGCUUUCGCUGAUUGGCAAGAUUCGGUUGAAGAGUUGAGGUGCAACGGGAAAAGGAAUUCUCUCGGAUUGAAAGUCAUCGACAGGUGCUUGUUUGGUGGUUUGAAGAAGAUUUCGAACGAUUAUCCGACCAAGCCAAUCUUGCUGGAGAGAGCCAUGGUCUCAACUCGAUUUUCCAGCUCAGCAAAGUAG